UUUUUUUUUUUCCCUCUCCCUAUCUAGGUUUUUUACAACAAUGGCUCCCACUGCUUCUGAUAUUGCUGAGCGCCACGCUACCCUUCCUACGUCGGCGGUCGCGCCCAUUUUACAAGACCCUACGAUAAAUCAGCUAUUUGGGCUGAGUGGCCGAACGGCUGUCGUUACUGGCGGCGGUCGCGGCCUCGGAAUAACACUGGCUGCAGCCCUACUGGAAGCCGGUGCUCAUGUCUACUGUCUCGACAUUCUACCGGAACCGUCUCCGAAGGAAUGGGCCGCUCUCGUCGUAAAGUCCAAGGAACAUAACCUAACCGUCAACUAUCGCCAAGUCGACAUCACGAAAUCUGACAUGGUCAAGUCAGUUUUCGAGUCUAUAGCCGCAGAGUCUCCUUGUCCCGUCCGUGUAUUGGUCGCCGCUGCUGGAGUUCAACAGGAGUGCCCCGCGAUAGACUUCAAGACGGACGACGUGCGACGAAUAAUGGACAUCAAUGUUGUUGGCACGUUCAACACCGCCCAAGCAGCCGCGAUCACCAUGUUCAAGCACGGCCUCGGUGGAUCCAUUAUUAUGAUCGCAUCUAUGAGUGGUACCGUGGCCAAUAAGGGGCUGUUCUGUGCUCCAUACAACUCUUCCAAAGCUGCCGUCUUGCAAAUGUGCCGUUCAUUAUCCAUGGAAUGGGCAGGGCAUGGAGUCCGUGUCAACACGAUAAGCCCUGGAUACAUCAAGACCGCAAUGACGGAGAUGCUCUUGGCAGCAAAGCCAGAGCUAGGGAAGCAGUGGGCAGAUGACAACCCCCUUCAGCGUAUCUCCCUUCCCUGGGAAUACAAAGGGUCCGUUAUCUUCCUUGCGUCUGAUGCGAGUUCUUUCUCUACUGGGUCCGAUCUACGGGUUGACGGCGGUCACUGUGCAUGGUAGCAUGGUGGCAUUCUCGCUUUUCCUCUUUUACUUUGGGUCAUCUGGUAGCAUGAGUCUAGCAUACAUUCUCUGUAAUUCAACACUGUUCCUAGAUAUAGAUUGCCGCAAAAAAUCCGG